GUUAAUAUUUUGUGUGCUCGAACGGAAUCCAGCUGAAGCUCGUUCCAGCUCGUACACUCCAUGCGAUCCACUUUCUGAAAAAUGUGUAUCAUUUCGAAACUGUAUUAAUUCAAAUAAUAUGAGGAAUAUCAAACAUUGUGCUAGUAGAUCAUUAUGCUGUCCGGUACCAAAAAGACCGAAAGCAGACACUCCAUCCUCAAAAGCAUGUCUAAAUUACGCAAACGACAGGACUUUUUGUCAGACCCAUUUGUAUAUAUCCCGUUCGAACGAAACAAAUCGACAUGAGUUACAAUACAUGGCGCAUAUAGGACAAAAGGACGAAACGGGCUUUAACUAUACCUGGGAUUGCGGGGGCACCGUGAUACAUAGUAAAUUUGUUCUAACUGCGGCCCACUGUGUCAUUCGUGAACGUUUAGUUGGUACAAAAGAGAAAGAUUUAGUGGUGCGCCUAGGAGCCCAUAAUACCACUGACGGCGAUGUAUAUGAAGUAGCUAAUAAAAUCCCGCACCCCGACUAUGAUGAAAAAACCUAUGCGAACGAUAUAGCUUUAUUGGAAUUGACUAAAACAGUCGUCUUUAACGACCAAGUUAGGCCAGCCUGCUUAACAACAUCUAGUGGGGAAGAGUAUGAUAAUAUGACAGUCUCUGGAUGGGGACGAUAUAGCCGAAAUAAAGCCAAUGACCAAGCCCCUGAGUUGCGCAAGGCUGAAUUAAAACUGUUUAAGUUUUCCGAGUGCCCUGAUGUGCCACAGGAAAUGUAUAUUUGCGCUGGUGGAGACAAAAAUGGAAGCGAUUCAUGCGACGGAGAUUCUGGAGGACCACUGGCAAGAUGGCAUCAGGAAUGGGGCUCGUGCUUGGGACAGGUAUUCGCCGUUGUUUCUCGUGGAUCAUAUUGUCACACUACAUCUCCACGUUCCAAGUACACUAAAGUUUUUUAUUAUCUUCAAUGGAUUGAGAACGUAGUAUGGCCUGUCACCAGAGAAAAUACUGAUUAAUUACGCGUUUGACCAGACGCCAAUAUUGUAUGGAGGACUACUUUCGCUGUGACUGAUGUUAUUGGAGAUCGCAUAUUAAUGAAUAUAAAGUAACAUAAAUAAUGCAGAAAUAAACGCCUAGAAGCUAAGGA